AUGGCGGUUAAAGUGUUCAUCACAGGGGUCACGGGGUACAUUGGUGGUGACACAUUAUAUGCGUUGAAUCAAAAACACCCACAAUGGGAAUACUCUGCUCUGAUUAGAACGCAGGCAAAGGCAGACCAAGUUAAGCAGCAAUAUCCUAAACUUCGCAUCGUUGUGGGAGACCUGGACGACUCUGCGCUGCUCAAGGGGGAAAGCGCAAAGGCCGAUAUCGUGUUGCACACUGCAGAUGCAUCGGACCACGAAGGCGCAGCCAAAGCCAUCGCAUCCGGUCUCGCCGAGGGACACACGCCUUCCAACCCGGGAUUCUGGCUCCAUACCGGUGGUACUGGAAUACUGACGUAUGAAGACUCCAAGAACAAUCGCUUGGGAGAGUGGUCGACCAAGGAAUAUAACGACCUGAGCGGAAUUGACGAGCUGACCCACCUUCCUGAUGAUGCAUUCCAUCGCAAUGUCGACAAGAUCGUACUCGAAGCGGGAACGAAAUAUGCCGAUAGGGUCAAGACGGCGCUGGUUUGUCCGCCCACUAUUUACGGUGACGGUCGUGGCCCCGUCUCCCCACGCUCUCGCCAGGCCUACGAAAUGGCCAAGCUCAUCUUAGAGAAGAGAAUCACACCCAUUGUAGGCGGAGGAAAGGCGAGAUGGAACCACGUCCACGUGCACGAUCUGGCCGCUGCCUUUGUUCUCCUGGCUGAAGCGGCGGUGGCCAAGAACAUGUCGGAUGAGAUAUGGGGCGCUAGAGGCUAUCAUCUCUGCGAGAACGGCGAACAUGUUUGGGCCGACUUGGCCAGAAGAAUGUCCGCGAUCGCAGCGGAAAAGGGUUACAUUUCCCCGAACCCCGCUGAGAAGCAACUCGGUAAAGAUGAGGCUCUCGAGGCGGCAGGAUUCGAGGCAGUAAGUUGGGGUUGGAAUUCGCGUGGAAAGGCCGAACGGUUGGGGAAAUUUCUAGCUUGGGAGCCGAAAGAGAAGAGCAUUGACGAAGAGGCGGGCCGUAUAGUCGAGGCAGAGAAAUCAAGGUUGCAGGGCAAGGUGCCAUCGUCUUGA